CUGAACCGUUGGCGCUGAGUGUUUCGCUAAAUCUCAACCUUCUUGCGCUCCGCGCCGCCGACCGCUACACAGUUGUUUGCGUUUCAGUCCUGUUCUCUGGUUGGUUUUCCGGAUUCGAUGUCAAGUUCGCAUCUUUCAUUCUGGGUUCGCGGUGGAAAUUGAUUUGGAUGAUAGGAUCAUUCAUUCCGGGGAAAGGUGGGCGAAGAGCUGGUAGUAUCUAUUGAUGGUUGUCAGGGUCUCUCGUUGCCAAUGCUUUCAAUUCAACGCAAUUCAGCAGCUCAGCAUGGCUAGGAUCAUCCAUCGAAACUGCUCUCUAUUUCAUCAGCGAAGAAAAACCGGUAUGACUGCUACUCCCUCGUCUUACUUCGCCUCCAAUUCAACUACUCCUGCGACCUCCAAUUCUGUAACUUUCGCCAGCGUAGACGAUGCCUUGGAUUCAUUUAGUAGGAUGCUCCACAUGAACCCCAGACCUUCGGUUGUGAAAUUUGGUCAGUUGGUAAGUUCUCUUAUGAGAAUGAACGCCUUCCAGGCUGCCUUCUAUGCGUCUAGACAAAUGGAAUUAGCUGGAGUCCCACACAAUCUUUACACGCUUAGCAUGUUGCUUCGUUGUUUCUGUAAAUUGGGUCGAUUAGAUUUUGGCUGUGCAGUUUUCAGCAAAGCUCUGAAAUUCGGUAUUCAAUUCGAUGAUGUGAUGCUCAAUACAUUGAUUGACGGGCUCUGUAAAGUUGGGAAAGUAAUCGAGGCCGCAAGGUUGGUUCAAAACAUGAAGGAGUUUGGCUGUCAACCUGAUGUCGUUAGUUAUAACACAGUCAUUAGCAGCCUAUGUAAGGAUGGAAUGGUAUCGAAGGCUUUUGAUGUUUUUUCAGAGAUGAAGGAUGAAAAGAUUCAACCAGAUGUGUUCAGUUACAAUAGUUUGAUUUAUGGUUUGUGCAUUUCAAGCGGAAUCAAUGAAGCUAUGGAGUUGUUCAAUAAAAUGGUAGAUAGGAAGAUAAUGCGUGAUAUAUUCACCUAUAACAUAUUGGUUGAUGCUUUCUGUAAGGAAGGAAAUGUUUUGGGAGCUAGAGUUAUACUCAAAAUGAUGAUUCAAGGUGGAUUGCUUCCGGAUAUCGUCACUUACAGAUCGUUGAUGGAUGGGUAUUGUUUGCGCAAUGAAUUAGAUAAAGCUAGAAAGGAAGGCUCAAAGACAGCACAACAAAUUCUCAAGAAAAUGAGUGGUCCAGGUUGCUUACCUGAUAUUGUGACAUACAAUAGUUUGCUUGAUGGCUUGUGCCGACGAGGUAAAAUUGACGACGCAUUAGCUUUGUUUCAAGUAAUAGAAAGUAGGCUGAAGUCUGAUAUUGUGGGGUACAAUAUACUUUUGGAUGGAUUGUGGAAAGCAGGGAGGGGAGAUGAGGCAAGGGAAAUGUUUUCUAAGCUCUCUAAGGACAAUUGUUUGCAACUUGAUGCCCGCACAUAUAGCAUAGCAAUUAAUGGACUUUGCAGGCAAGGCUUUGUAGAUGAAGCAUAUGAACUGUUCAGAAAAAUGGAGGGGGAUGGUUGUCUACCAAAUAGUGGCUGUUAUAACGUGAUUAUUCAUGGAUUUCUUCGACAUAAGGAUCCUCUUGAAGCAAUCGACCUCAUUCACAAGAUGGUUUCGAAAGGCUUCUCAGCCGACGCAACCACGAUGAUGUUGCUAAUAGAAUUGUUGCCCAAGAAUCAGUUGGAUCAUCCAAUUUUCCAGAAGCUGAUGAGUGGUCCUGAUAUCAGGAGUCAUAACAUUGGGUCUGGCGGUCUAUCAGCUGCUGCAACUCAAGGAACUUGCUGAAAUUCUCAUCCAAACACCAGUUGGAUGGUCCAGUAGUUGAUCAAAAUCUCCGUGCCAAGAACAUUCUGAUGAUAGAAGGUUAUACGAACUAGAGGUCCGAGUCAUGAUCCCACUUAUAUGUGUUUCCAUACUUGCUGAUAUAUCAGAAAGAACCGAUCAAUGUUAGCAUGGG